GACCGACGUACAAGGACGUGCUGUUGGGCCCGACGAAGCGGGAGGUUGCGCUUCAGAAGCAGGUGGUUACCAUGCGGGCACAGCUUCAGGGCCUCAAGAAGCAGCAGCACGCCACCCAGGAGGACGACGACGACGAGAAGCCCGUGGACCUGGAUAAACUCUUCAGGUGGGCCCAAUCGUGCAAAUCCGAGUGGGGAGACCAGUCCAUCGAGUACCAGCAGGCGCAGGAGCGCUACAUGCGGGCCAAGGACGCCAAGCAAAGCACGAAGCCGCACUCGGUCCAGCUCACUCAGGCACGGGCUGCCAGGGAGAAGCUCGAGAAGGAGGAGGCGGCAAUCUACGACGAGGUCAAGCGGCAUCAGAAGGCAAUGCAGGAGGCGCAGGAGAAGCUCACCAAGAAAAGAGAGCAGCUCGAGGUCGCAAAGGCCAAGGAGUCGGAGCUUAAGGUGCAGGACGUCUCCAUCAAGGGCAAGGGCUUCCUCACGGCGAUGCAGAAGCAGUACGAGGGGGCCGUCGAAGGUAGCGGCAUCAGCAAGGAGGAGCACGAGCAUGUGUUCGCAGCACUCGCCAGGGUGCUGGACAACGUCAGGGAGGAGCCCAAGGAAGACAAGGACGGCAUGGACACUGAAGAGGCGCAGCCAGAGGAGGGCAAGCUGGACGCGAGCAGGGUCCCCAGCUAUCGCCAGAAGAACAAGAGUGGCUACAUGCAGGUGGGGCGCCCGAGGCAGCGCCAGAACAAGUUCGAGAGCCUCACCCUGUGGACGUUCAACGGCUCGGGGUGGGGCACCAUCAAAGAGAAGAUCGAGAGCUCAGAGGGGGGCAAGCUGCAGUGCUACGCAGUGCAAGAGCAUCGCCUCACGGGCAGGAGAGGCGAGCACGUUGGGCAGACAGGCUCCAUGGAGGACUCGGCGGACCCCAUCGAGGCAGCGGAGUACACCCUCAAGGAGUGGAACGUGGUCUGGAGGGUCGGCGAGCAAAUCCAGAAGCAGGCUAGGCCGCGGGAGUGCGAAGAACGUGACAAGCUCGAGCCCUUCACAGACCAGGACGUGGACAAGCUUCAGGAGGUAGCUCGCACCUUCAGAAAGAAGACGGGGGUAGGAGUCGACAGGUGGCACCCCUCUAUGUUGCAGGGUGCGUCGGUCGAGGCCCACGUCAAGCUGUUGGACUUUUACAUGGAGGUGGAGCGUACAUUGAGCUGGCCCAUCCACAUGGGCACUGCGCUGUUCUUCCUGAUCCCGAAGACCUUCACCACGGACAGGGUCAUCGGGCUGCUGCCCACUGCCAUCAGAGUGCGGGAGAUUAUGCGGGAGCCGUACAUGGUCGAGUGGGCCAAGAAAAACUAUCGAAGCUGGAACUGCACGAGCUACGGCAAGGCGGCGGAGGACGCGGCCUGGGAGGCGUUGCUCAGCCAUGAGAUGGGCGAUGUGGAGGAGCAGAGCGAGGAGACACAGGCGACGGUCACGGCGGUUCUGGACCUGGUAAAGGCAUUCGAGAAGGUCAGCCUGCACGCGUUGUGGGAAGCGGGUAAGCAGCUCAACUUCAACACAGGGGUGCUAGCAGUGGUGCGCUCAUACUUCGCCAUGACCAGGCGCCUCAUCGUAGGUGACUCGGCGCCCAGUGAGACCGAGACGGUUACCACCAUUAUCGCGGGCAGCAAGUUCCCGGCAUGCUUCCUGAAGAUGGUCAUUCAGUCCACGGUGGACGGCCUGGCGGUGGAAAGACCGAGGGCGCGCUGGAGGAUGCACGUGGACGACCUAUGCGUGCGGCUGCCACAGCAGCAUAGGCACAUAGUCACGGAGUUCGGAGAGACAAUCGACAGCUGCUUCCGAGGCUUCGAGAGGAUAGGCCUGAAGUUCUCCGUGGGCAGCAAAGGCAAAGGUGCAGUAAUGGCGAGCACCAAGUGGGCGCGAAGGGCCGUGACAAGGUCGAUGCAGGAGCGAGGAUUGCCAGUGGUGAGGGCCUGUCCUUACUUGGGGGUCGACAUCGCCACGCACGGCACGGCGGUGAAGACCAAGAGCGGCAAGAGACACGCUACCAUGAAGGUCAG